AUGGACGAGUAUAUCGUACUCACAAUUCACCAUAGUGGUGAAUUUGUUGAUGGUGAUCUUAGAGUUUAUAAAGGAGGGGAAGUUUCUGAGUUGAAAAUAGAUGUUGACACAUGGAGUUACUUUGAGCUGACAGAUUCACUUAAGUGUUUAGGGUAUAGGGAUUUUGAGAAAAUCUAUUACAAAGACCCAACAUUUGGGAUGCAACAACUGAAUGAUGAUGCAGGAGCAUUAGAAGUAGCCGAUCUGUAUAAGGUUCAUUUAGGUGUAGACAUUUUUAUUAAACACACAAUUGGGCAGGCUGAGUUUGCAGACCCAGCAGGGUUAGAAAAUGUUGUAGGUGAGGAGCAUGGUGUCACUGAGGAGCAUGUAAGAGAUGAGGAGGAGAGGGUAGUUGAAGAAAUGCUUUCUAAGUUGCAUGAAGAAGUGACUGGUAACUCUAAUGAAGCUGAGCUGGAGGAUGAGGAUGAGAAUAUUGGUUUGGAGGCUGAGAAGGUUGUGUUAGAGGCUGAGAAGGUUGUGUUGGAGGCUGAACAUGCUGAACAUGUUAUUUGGGAGGCUGAGAAAGAUUGUAUGGAAAAUGAGAAAGAUGACAGUUCUGAUAGUGGUGAAGUGGAUGAUUCCAUAAGUAGUGAUGAUAGUGAAUACAAAUAUGACAGUGCUCUUGAUGUUGAAUUUAAUGAUUCUUCUGAUGGUUAUGAAGAUAUAGAUGAGGAUGAAUUGGGAUUAUUACCAGCCAUGGAUGAACUGUUGCCCAAUGUAGAGCAAAGAUUCUGUGUCAGGCACUUGUACAACAAUUUCAGGAAAAGAUAUCCUGGGAAAAUGCUUAAGGAAAUAAUCUGGAGGGCUGCUAAGGCUACUUAUGCUCAGGCCUGGGAAAGAGAGAUGAAGAGGAUGAGGCUGAUAAAUGAAGAAGCAUACCUACAUAUGAUGAAGACACCUCCAAGAUUUUGGAGUAGAUCUUACUUUAGAGGGACUAAUAAAUGUGAUGUUGUAGUGAAUAACUUGUCUGAAUCUUUCAACAGUGUUAUUCUUGAAGCAAGGUCCAAACCCCUAGUGACUAUGGUAGAGGAGAUAAGGACAUAUUGUAUGGAAAAAUGGGCAACAAAUAGAAUGAGGUUUCAAAAAUUGGUUGAUGAUGAUGUGCUGCCUAACAUUAGAAAGAAGGUUGAUAGAACAAGUACUUACACAAAUUCAUGGAUUGUGAGGAUGUCUGCUGAACACAUAUUUGAGGUUCAUCAUGUAGAAAACCAUGCAGAUAAAUUUGUUGUGAAUUUGAAGGAAUGUGUGUGCACCUGUAGGAGGUGGGAAUUAACUGGACUUCCAUGUGUUCAUGCAUUAGCUAGCAUUAAAAGUAGGAACUUCAAGGUUGAGGAAUACAUCCCUGCAUAUUAUAGGAAGUCAAUGUACAUGAAAGUGUAUUCAUCUAUAAUUUAUCCUUUGAAUGGAUCAAAUCUAUGGGCCAGAACUGAAUAUCCAGAUGUGCUCCCUCCUAAGUAUAGGAGGAUGCCUGGGAGACCAAAGAAAAGGAGAAAUUUGGAGCAGGGAGAGAUAGAUGGUUUUGACAAAAAAAUGAGGAGAGUAGGAUUGGCAAUCAGGUGUUCAAGGUGCAAGAAACCAGGUCACAACAAAACAACAUGUAAGAUUACUCAGAGUACUCAAGGUACUCAACAGAACACUCAAGCAACUCAGCCAACUCAGCCUGCUACUCAACCUGUGUCUCAACCUGCAGUGAAUUUGUCUCAAUCUGUGUCUCAACCUGCUGUGAACCUGUCUCAGCCUGCAUCUGCACAAGGAUCCAAGACAUCUACUCAACCAUCCAAGAAAUCUACUCAACCAUCCAAGAAGACAACUACAAGGCCAGCAAAGUUGGGUGUUAGAAGACCAACAACCCCUUUUGUUCCCCCUGGACCAACUACACGACUUAGUGCUGCCAAGAAUAUGAUUGGCCCAACUACAAGGAGGACAACACCAACCAAGAGGACAACACCCAAGAAAAAAAAUUAG